CCACUGUGUCACAUUUCUACACAAGUGGGAGUGGUUUCUGUCUCAUUUAUGGAGGUGGAGAGGCAAUGCAUGUCAGUAGUUAGUAUUUUACCCGUGGUUUAACAUUUGUGCACACAAAACAGCGGUGGAUACAUUAGGAACAGACAUCUCUCCUCUUCAGAAGGAGUUACUACACAGCUUUGGUGUUUAAAAUAGCGUUAGUGAAAGCCAUGUCCUGUUGAUGGUAGAAAGGUGAGAGAAGAUUUUCCAACAUGCAGGGUGCAGGUGACUUUCUAAAUGUAUUCAACAUUGAGGCCAGCAAAAUAUCUGUGACGCUCAGCCUCUUGCUCAUUUUUGUUGGUCUCCUCUACUGGUAUUCAGUCCGUCCCUUCUCAGUCCUCUCACGAUGUGGCAUCAAACAUCCAAAGCCAGUGCCUUUCUUUGGCAACUUAUUCAUGUUUCAGCAGGGUUUUUUCAAACCUCUGAAUGAUCUUGUCAAAACAUAUGGUAAAGUAUGUGGGUAUUAUUUGGGCCGCACACCAGUGGUAGUGGUAGCAGACCCUGAAAUGCUCAGACAAGUGAUGGUGAAGGACUUCAGCAGCUUCCCUAACAGAAGGACAUUUGUGUUUGCCAAAAAGCCUGUAUCUGAUUGCUUGCUCCAGUUAAAGAAUGAACGCUGGAAACGAGUGCGGAGCGUCCUGACCCCAUCUUUCAGUGCUGCCAAGAUGAAAGAAAUGGUUCCGCUCAUCAACACAGCCACUGAUGCCCUGAUGAAGAAUCUAAAUGUCCACGCUGAGUCAGGAGAGGCCUUUGACAUCCACAGAUACUUUGGCUACUUUACCAUGGAUGUUAUUGCCAGUGUGGCAUUUGCAACUCAGGUGGACUCACAGAACAACCCAGAUGACCCGUUUGUCCAACACGCUCAGAUUGCCUUCACCAAUAAUUUCUUCAGGCCUAUUUUGUUGCUUUUCUUUGCUUUUCCCUCCAUCAUGGCUCCUCUGUCGAGGUUCAUACCCAACAAAAGACAAGACAAGAUGAAUCAUUUCUUCAUUAACAGCAUUCACAAAAUCAUCAAACAGAGAGAGGAGCAGCCUCCUGAGCAGAGGCGGAGAGACUUCCUUCAGCUGAUAUUAGAUGCCCGAACCAACAAAGAGUCAGUGUCAUUGGAGCACUUUGACACAUCAAACGAUGCUCAUGAGACUGAUGUCAGGAACCAGGAGACCCAGUCUUCAGGCACAGUUCAAGAAAACGGCAGUGCUCACCAACAGGAGCCGUCUGUCAGGCGUCCACAGAAAAAGAUGAUGACUGAGGAUGAGAUUGUUGGUCAGGCUUUCAUCUUCCUCCUGGCAGGCUAUGAAACCAGUAGCAACACUCUGGCUUUCACCUGCUACCUCUUGGCCCUCCACCCUGAAUGUCAACUCAGAGUCCAGAAAGAGGUGGAUGAUUUCUACACUAGACAUGACUCACCCGAUUACGCAAAUGUCCAGGAGCUGAAGUAUUUGGACAUGGUUAUAUGUGAAGCAUUACGCCUCUACCCUCCUGGAUUCAGGUUUGCACGAGAAAUAGACCAUGACUGUGUGGUGAAUGGUCAGCAACUUCCUAAAGGAGCAAUACUGGAGAUCCCAGCAGGCUUCCUCCAUUAUGACCCAGAACACUGGCCAGAGCCAGAGAAGUUCAUUCCUGAGAGGUUUACACCAGAGGCCAAGGCCAGUCGACAUCCAUUCGUAUACCUACCAUUUGGAGCUGGCCCUCGUAACUGUGUGGGAAUGAGACUCGCCCAGCUUGAAAUCAAAAUGGCUUUAGUGCAUCUUUUCCACAACUUCAGCAUAAAGGCCUGUUCUGAUACUAAGGUUCCUCUUGAGUUGAAGUCAUUGAGCACUCUUGGACCCAAAAGUGGUGUUUUUGUGAAAAUCACAAGACGAGACCAAGGAGAUGAUCUGUCAUCAGCUGAUUAAGUCAUUUACACCAUACUGAAACAUAACGAUCUCUUAUGUCCAUCAGUUCAGUGGCACUUGUUUCAUUUAUAGUCAGUACUUGGUAGAUGUUUGAAAAAUUGCAAGACUGAAAUAUUUAGACUUGAAUAUAAUAAGUGAAUGACUGAUAAUUAAUGCAAA